UCUCCGUGUUUUUUACGAACUUCAUGUUUGAUGUUUAUCGGUUUAUCUUUUUCGUUAUAAUUUAUUUUAUUCAAAUAGGUUUUCUUUUAAGUUAAUAAAAAUGAAGUUAAAUUUUUGUUAAAUUAAAGUGAAAAGUGUUAGUUUAUGUUGUAAGUAUCAUCAGUGAAAAAAUAACGUUGAUUCGUGUGCUGAAAUAACGUGUGAUUUUCCUUUUUUUCACAUGGUCGGCAUGACAUGUCACAAUAUACAGUUAAAGUGAUCUGAUAACUCAAUCAUGAACCACAGCGAAACCAGAGGAACCGUAGUAGAAGUUGUUGAUAUUAAAAACGGUGGUCAAACUAUCAAUGCUUUGAAACGGAAUGAAGAUCCAACUUUUACCGUUGGUGGUAUCCUUUCAGAUUUCGAACUAGCCUGGUUGCACCACGGAGCCUACCUGAAAGUCAUCAACAUAUCUGAUGGUACGGUACAAUCUGCUUGGGACUUUUCUGCGAUUAUUCGUGACAAUAAAGCGGAGAUCACAAGUGUUAUCGAAUAUGAAAUAAACGAACAAGGCAACAGAGCACAUUCGAAAGAAGCUCAACAAUGUCUAAUUGUGAGUUACACAUCGACUCGCGAUUCGAACAAAGCUAGUUUUAUAUCGUUUUGUCAUCCUCGAACAUCUAAAAUACUUCAUACGAUUACAUCGAAGGAAAAAAUAACAUGUUUGAGUUUAAUAACAACGAAGAAAAAUCACUCGAGUCCAUUAACCGGUAUCGUCAAAAUGAUGUCUGGAGCAUUGGCUAUUGGAACGAAAAGUGGAAAUUUACUCAUCAUGGAUAUUAAAGGUUAUGAUUUAAUAAAUGAAAUUUUCAACUGCUCAAGAAAACCUGGCGUUUGUGAUCUCCUUCAAAAUCGAGUCAGUUGUAUGUUGAUAUUGGAUUUGAAGCAGUACAAUGAAAACGAUAUCAAAGAUAAAAUAUGCAAGGUUGACGAUGAUAACUACCACGUAGCUAUCUCAAUACCAGUCACUGAAAGAAAAGACUGCAACAGUUACGAUUUAGAAAUAAGUUGUCUGAUGUAUAUACCGCAAGGUCUCACGUUAGCUGUCGGAUUCCGUAGCGGUGUAUUUCAACUUUGGGAUGUUUCAACUUUAAAAAGAUUAUAUAGGUCAUCGUCGCUGUCUCAUCCUACUCCGGUAGUCAAAUUCGGUUUUCAAGAACCUUGCAACGAUCCGCAAAGUUUCUGUUAUUUGUGGGUUCUGCAUGAAUCUAGAGGUAGUGACGCAUGCUUGCCAUUUGCUGUUAUGUACGGAAUUUUAUACAAGAAAGUCAUCACUACGCAAGAUUAUGGACGAUGUUAUAAAACCUUUAUGCAUUGCAAGAAAAGAUUUGAUAUGGACGUUGACAUGGAGCGCUCAUCGAAUGGUCGUUGUAUCACAUGUAGUGUCGUAUCCAACACGCCCAGCAACAUGCUCAGACAUAUCAACACUAAUGAAGAAGACCCAUCGAAAAUCAACUUAUUCGUGAUGGUAUUUGAAACCUGGGAGAACGUAUCCGACGUUAGCAGCCAUAUUACUUUGGUUGUGUUUGAUAUGAAUCAAUGGUAUAAAGCACAAAUGCCCCAUCAAUGUUACAAUGGUUAUGCUGUGCCUUUUAUAAACUUCGUCUUAUUGGAUCGCGUUUCUGAACGUAAAUCAACCAUAUUAGAUAUGCGUAUAAAAAAAGACAGCAUUCAGCAAUUCCUAACUUUCAAUCUUUCGGAAGAGUACUCUUAUCCAUCAUCGUUAUCUUUCGAUACUGUAUUUUUAACAAAUACUAAACUAAUUCAUUUACGUGUACCUGGAAUUCAACGCUGUAUAAUCGAGCAAAUCGUCGCCGAAGGACCUAGUGGUUUGAUAAAACCUAGUAAAUAUUUUACCGACUGUAAAGAAGUCGGUUUAAGGCCUUGUUUCUCCGAUAAUUACGGACAAGUCAUUGUUCCAUCUCAAAUUCAACAACGGAAUUACAUUCUGACCAUAUUACUGGAACACAAAAUGUCCAAUUUUUUGGUCCGUUGCGUGAACGAAUGGGCCGAUGGUAGUCGAGCUGUGAGCGGUUGUACGUUACCGAAUUUGAUACAGUGGGCUUGGGACUGUGUGACGAGAAUUAAACAACUAACUGACACUAUUUGUAUACCUUUAUUUGACUAUUCGGGUGAUGAUCUAGAUCGAGAAAAUUAUCAAAAAUUGAAACAUUGCUGUCAAUUACUACAAUUAAUUCGUGAUCUUCUGUCGUAUACGUGGAAACAUUUCAAACAUUUUUUGUUGGAUUUUAAAAGACUGAAUCAUCAAGUAGAAACGUUGCAUUUGGUGACGAAAUAUUUCGACGUGAUUAUUUGGUGUUUGGACGUCGGUUUGCUGCCUGAAAAAGUGACCAGUACUUCUGACAGAUGUAUUCCAACGUAUAUGCUCAACUUGAUGCAAUUUGCUGAGCAAAGACGAGAAGAACUGAAAGCUGUAGCAAUGAAAGAUAAAUACUUCUUGACGGACGAGAGUACUUUAUACAUUAUAGAUUCAAUUUUAGAUAACGAACUUGGUGGUAGAUCAUUACGUCUGCAGUGGGAAAGAGAAAGUUACGGAAUGACGAAUGGAUUUUAUCCACCUGUCACCCUGCAGUCCCUUUUACGAAUGUUUUUGAUGUCAAAUGUAUCUACUGAGGCGAAGCAUUUCAUAAUGAUGUACUUUUUAUUGGACGUAUGCGAUUAUCAUCGAGACGAAGAAAUGAAAGAACAAUUGUUAUCGUUUUCCAUAAUAUUCUUUCCCGAUUCGAAAUUUCUAUCUUUGGUGGAGGCUUGUUGGUUGAUCGAUCAUGAGAAAUUUGAAGAAGCAGCUGAUAUUAUAUUGACCGAUUCUGUGAUGAGUUUAUUGAGGAAAAACAAGAAUUUAUACGAAACUAUUCUUAAAUCGUGUGUUUGUCAAAAACAAUACGCUUUAGCAUUAAAAUGUGAACGAAUUAUCAAGUUGUCAGCUUCGUUCAAAAAUGAAAGUUUUCAUAUUACUUUGCUGUUGUUGAACGAAUUAAUUAUGGAGGCUUAUUCGACGUUACGGAAAAUCAGCUUCGAAGAUAGCAAGAUGUUGCAAAAUUUCUUCAAAGUGUGCGACGAACUUGGAUUCCUCAAAGAAGUAUUCAGACUACCGUUGUUACCGGAAGAAGAAACCGAAUUUCUAUCAUAUUUAGAUAACUGUAUCAAUAAAGAUGCUGGAGAUUUAAAAGUGAUGUAUUUACUCUCGAGAGGAAGAUACGUAGAAGCAGUAGAUAUUAACCAUAACAUGGGUACCAAAGUUCCGAAAUUUGCAAUUGUUGGAAAGGACACCCAGAAACAAGACAGUGGCGGAAGGACUACUACUCGAGAUUUAUUAGUGAACGCUUUCAGUAAAACUUUACCGAAUGUUACCAACGAUUUGAUUAAUUUUUGUCGAAAAGAACGAGAUAAGAUUUAUAGACAUAAACAUAUCGCAAAACCAACCCCAUUAUCCGUCGUUGUACACACUGAUACAGAAAAAAGUAUACCCGUUUACAAAUCGUCGUUCGAAUCUGUGAUGCAAGCAGCUAUUUGCAAGACUGCGGAAACGUGGAGUAAUUUUCCUCGAAUCGAUAAACGCAAUAAGAAUGUUUCGUUUACUCAAAAUACACCUUUCUUGAGAUCUGACUUGAUGACACCGAAACAGAAACGCUGUAAUAUUUCGUUCAGAAGUGCAUCAAAAGAUAAAGCUCCGGAAGAGAAAAAAGAUCCCGAUGAGCCCCCGUCCAAAAGAGUCAAACGAAACUUGGAUAUAUCAUUGAAUAAUGUUACGAAAGAAGCAGAUGAUACUUUGGAAUCGGCUCCACUAGAAGUAACAAGAAUUCUCAGAACACCUCAUGUUCAAAAACGUUUGAACAAAUUGUUACAAAACACCCCGGAAUCCUCUCCGCUUACGUCAAUUUUAAAGAGCUCGGAAAUGAGUCGUUUCAAACAGCCUCAAAAAGUAGGAUUCAGCGUUCCAGAGAGGCAAAGAAACACUCCGAAUCAAAGAAUAGUCAACGUUGGCGAAAAUGCUACCACUCCUGUGCCUGAAGAACGCGUCAAUUCGGAGGAGCCUCGUGCGAAAAAAUCAUUGGCCAAAGAUUUCGACAAAUCAAAUGAAAUUCUGGUCGAGGUUCAAAUUGAAAAUAGAAUUGAUACGAGCGUUCAAACAAAUGAAAGUACCACAUCGCAUGAAGCUACUGAAAAAGAUGAGUCGUAUUAUAGUCUGGAGAGCGAGCACGAGAACGAAAACGUGAUUAGUUUUAUGCUCGAUGAGUCUAAAGUCGAAGAAGACCCGGCUACCAAAUCGAAAAGACUUUUUAUGGAAUGUAUGAGCGACGAAGAAACACCAAAUAUGUCGCUAGUCGAACCACAAAAUACUUCAAUAACGAUAAACCUUACUCAGUCCAUCGACGUUUACUCCAAUGAAAGUGCCAUAUCACAACCAAUUCAACCAGAAAAUAUGGAAGUCGAUCGUGUUAGUUACGAUACGCAAAACCCUGUCGAAUUGAACACUGAUGCGGAAAGCUUGCCAGUGGAAACCGAAAUGAGCGUACCAUUGGGCGUAAUUACGACGACAAGAGGUUCUCAUUUUGACGAAGAUUUCUAUCAGAAAGCGUACGCCAGUAUAUGCUCGGAAAAUUACGACAUAAAUGUCUCGGAAGAAAGCAAAUCUGCGGAAAAUUUCAUCGAAGAUCAAAACCAGAAUGUAGAUGAUGCGCAAACGCUCGAUUACGAACAAGAGUACGAUACGGAAAGCGAUAAAAUAGUUAGUGACGAAGAAUCAGAGUAUUCGAACGAGGACGAUGACGCGAAAUCGCAAAAUGAAGAAGAAGCUGUUACUGACGACAGAAAUAUUACGCAAGUUGUUGAAUCGUCGGCUGAAGACAGCGAUAUCGAAAUUAUCGACGAUAACACGGUGCCGGUGAUUCAGUCUUCUAUGUCUUUAAGAGAACAGCCUUCUUCAGAUAGAGAAGAAGUCGUUGAUGAAGAGCAAUUAUCCGAAAGCACGUACGAAAGCGAAUGCUCGUACUCGGAUGAAAACGAAAGUAUCGUCAAUGAAGAAGAGUCAGAAGUCGAAGAGCAAUCAAUCGCCGAAGAAGAAGAAAACAUUUACGUUGACGAUAGUAGCGAGGAAGCAGAGGAAGAAGAAUACGAAAAUGACAAUGAAGAAAUGGUAGAAGAGGAAGAGGAAGUUCAAGAAAAUACCGCCGAGCAUAAAAACAUCAUCGUCGACUACGAACAGUUCGAUUGCUUAACCGAACCGUCGUCGCAAAUCAAUUACGAAGAAUUGAAAAACAUCGUUUCCACCAUUGCAGCCGCCGAAGAAAGUAAAGCUUCCGAAAGCAAUGCGCGAGCUGAUGCUGAUAUCGAAAAUAUACCCGUUGUAAAUGAAACUUACGCUAAAGAGAUGUAUUCGGUGAACGAAUCUACUAUAAACGUAUCGGAAUCGAAUAGUGUGCUCGUUGCGAAUGAUUCUCAAAUAGUAGAUGCUUCGGUUUCCAUAUGUGAAGUGUACGAUGCAACUCAGUCAAUCCUCGAAGAAACAGUCAACCUGUCAGAUAUUAAGUCGGGUAACGAAGAUGAAAAUCGAUCGAUAGAAAUCAUUAGUCAAACCAUCGAUUCGAAUUGUUCCGCCGUUAAUACUCCCAAUGUUACGGGCACCAAAUCAGACGAUCCCGAAGAUGCAUCUUCGUUGGUCUUUUAUUUUGGAGAAAAUUCGGUUACAUCGAUCGGAAAUGAAGUAGUUGUGGACGAUUCCAGUACCGGCGACAAAAGUGAAAAUAAAUGCGAGAUUGAAGACCAGCAGGAACCUCAAGGCAGCAACGAAACAUCAGAGUCUUCUGGCGAACAACUUCCUGAUACGAAAACCGACAAUAACGAAGAUCACAGUGUGCAAAACGUCACGAAAUUCAGCACCACCGAAGGAAGCCCAGUUAACGUGAAGUGUACUUCGGUCAAAGAACAUAAUUUCUUACGUACUAGUUUACCCGAAUGCAACGUCCACAUCAUUGAAAAGGUACGAAACGAGAUGUAUUCGUCGGACGACGGAUACGACGAUUCAGACGUUCAAGUCGAUGCAACCUCCGAUGAAGUUCCCCAAACUGUAUCGUACACGGAAGAAUCGCCGGUAGUGAUAAAUACGACUCAUUUUCAAAAAUCGGUCUUCGCCGACGAAUCGCAAACCAGUACGAUGGAAACGGGCGAAAAAUCGACUCGCGUUUCAGAACUCAUGUCUGAGAAAGAUAUCAGCGUCGAUGUGAGUAUCGUGCAAAUGUCUCAAGAAGUCUCUCAAACUUCUCAGACCGGUAAUGAGCAAAAUAACACCGUUACGCCGACCGCGAAUCAAACGAGCGUGAUUAUCGAACCACGAGACGAGAAAAAUUCGCAAUCCGAAGUUGUAGAAGACAAAAAAGACGUUCAAGUAUUUUCGCCUAGUAAAGUGAACCUUCCUAGUCCGGUUGUGAGCAUUAAAGUAUCCGAAUCGUCGGGUCUGCUAGAGAGUUGCGCUAAUCCAGAGCAGACGCCCAAUACCACUGGUCAACAGGUAACCCCAUCUCCUCCCGAACAUGAAGAUGUUCAAUUAGAAAUCGGUUCUGCGUCUAGCAGUGUAACACCAGCUCCUCAAGAAAAUACUCCCGAAGAGUCGUCGUCCACACGUCGCAGGUCGGUAAGAAUAGCGAAACGCAGGAGUAUCGAUUGUAUACCGGAAGCUCUUGAAGAGAAUCCCGAUUUCGACGAUGCCAUGUCUGUGAAAUCCGGUAGCAGUGUGGCCGAAUCUGUCAUCAGUAACGUGACCGUUGCCAGCGGAUCAUCGGUUAAUUCGAAUAGAUCUAGGCGUAGAAAAUCUGUAGCACCGCCAAUGCUCGAAGUUAUCGUAUCAGAUGAAGAAUUGAUCUCGCCUCAAAAACCAAUCGUCGCUGAAACCGUUAGUAAAACUUUUAAACCGAGGUAUUCGGCUUCGGAACCUGGUAAAGAACGUGGUACGGCGGUUAAACGCAAAAGAUCGGCUAGAAGUGAGGUCGACUUCGACGAAGAUGAUAAGUUGAGUUCGGUCUCCGAAUCCGGUGCCAGAAAAGAAGUACAUAAGCGAAACGUUAGACGUAAAUCGGAUUUGAACGAAGCUGUAUUACAAUCAACACCUACUCCAUCGGAGAGUAAACGUCUGGGUCGAUUUGUCAGCAGUACACCACUAGUGUUGAAUAAAGCUAAAAAUAAGCCUCCCGGAGAAACUUCAGCUGAAAUUGAAAAAUAUGCGAGCAGCAGACGAUUGACAAGAUCGCAGAAAUUGUAUUUGGAAUAUGGAUUCGCUGCUCAACCUAAAUCUUCAGUUUUACCCAGCAAAGGUGUCGAAAAGCUGGAAGAAAUCGAAGAAAUCGAUUCCGAAUACAGUUUAUGCGUAGAAGAAGAUGAGAAAGCAGCCGACGAGCCAACUACAUCGAAAGCCCCGAUAAAACCGAUCUUAGUCAGUCGAAAAACAACGCCGAAAAAAGAUAAACCAAACGUACAACCGAUCAGAUUUUCUAAACGUUUAAGCGGUCGAUUUUCACCUCUACCAAAUGAAGACAGUAUCAGCUCCGAAGAACCACCUUCGCCGGCUAAAUCUAUCAGCAGCGUAGCAGAAUCGAACAGCAGUAGAGCAUCUAGCGCAUCCAGACGGUCUCUACGCAAUAGACGAACCUAUACUAGUAUGGAAUUACGUAGGUCUUCGGUGAGACCGAACUUCAAACCUUUGGCAGUCAUACCAUCAGAUGAUGAAAGCCAGCUUUCGUUUCAAUUACCUACUCCGACGAAAAACGUAGCCGAAGAUUCGUUUCACUCUUCCGCCGAAAGCACGUUGUCGAAAGCUUCGAAUCGAAGUAGAACGAGAAGAAAGACACAAUCGGAAUGUAGCGAAGAUGUUUCCGAUAAAGAAUCGUCUGUUUCGGAUGUAAGCACAAUGACAGGCAGUUCGGUCAGCAGCAGAAAAAGAAUGGCUACUCGAAGCGAUGAUAAGAGAAGUGGUUCCGAGAGCAGUACAAUUUCUGCGCCAACGAAACGUGGACGAUUAACUAGGAAUCAGAUGUCCAAAGCGGAGCCAAGCCAGACAACUUCUAAGAAGAAAAAAUAAUUUUUUGAUUUAUUUUUCGAAUUCGCGUUUUGUUUUUUUUUUGUAUUUCUUAUUUUAAAGAUGAAUCAUUUUGAUACGAAGAGUUUUUUCAUUAUAAAAUUAUUGUGUUCUUGUAAAAAUAUUUAAAAAUUGAAAAUUUAAUCGUGUAUAUUUUGUUAAGAUGCGUUUACAUCGUUAUUUAUAGGUUUUGUUGUACAAAUAAAGUGAAAUUUUUUUUUUGGA